AAACCCUCUUGGCCUUCAGUCGGCGCCGUGGUUUCAAUUUGACGCAAGUGUCUGCUCGACCCCCGAAAAGAAAAAUUUUUUUAAAAACAAAAACCGAUAAAUAAUAAUAAAAAAAAGAAAUAUGGAGCGCCUUACGCUAUCCGGAGGGCUUUUCUUAGUUUUAGUUGCUCUUUCUAAUGCGAAAGUGUAUUUCAAAGAAGAUUUCAUUGAUGAUUCUUGGCGAUCAAAAUGGGUCGACUCAAUAUACAAAGGCAGUGAUCAAGGAAAGUUUGAAAUAUCAGCAGGAAAAUUUUAUGGUGAUGCUGUCAAAGACAAAGGCUUGAAAACAUCACAAGAUGCUAAAUUCUAUGGAAUUUCAGCUAAUUUUGAUAAAUUCAGCAAUGAAAAUGAACCACUUGUUCUCCAGUUUACAGUGAAACAUGAACAGAAUAUUGACUGUGGUGGUGGCUACAUCAAAUUGUACAGUGAUGAUAUUGAUCAGAAAAAUCUCCAUGGCGAUUCUCCAUACCUCAUUAUGUUCGGUCCUGAUAUCUGUGGUCCUGGCACGAAGAAAGUACAUGUCAUCUUCAACUACAAAGGAAAGAACUUGUUGACUAAAAAAGAUAUCCGAUGCAAGGAUGAUGUUUACACCCACUUGUACACCUUGAUAGUAAAACCAGACAACACUUAUGAAGUGAAAAUUGAUAACGAGAAAGUUGAAAGUGGCGAUUUGGAAUCUGACUGGGACUUCUUGCCACCCAAGAAAAUCAAGGAUCCUAGUGCAAAGAAACCAGAAGAUUGGGAUGAUCGUGAGAAAAUGGAUGACCCUGAUGACAAAAAACCUGAAGAUUGGGAUCAACCCGAACACAUUCCUGACCCUGAUGCCAAGAAACCUGAUGAUUGGGAUGAUGAUAUGGAUGGAGAAUGGGAACCCCCAAUGAUUGAUAACCCAGCCUACAAAGGUGAAUGGAAACCCAAGCAGAUUGAUAACCCCAGCUACAAGGGCGAAUGGAUCCACCCAGAAAUUGAUAACCCAGACUAUUCUCCUGACACAAAUCUCUACAAAUACACUAGCAUUGGUGCUGUGGGCUUUGACUUAUGGCAGGUGAAAUCUGGAACCAUCUUUGAUAACAUAUUUGUUGGUAACAGUGUUGCAGAUGCAGAUGAACAUGCCAAAGAGACAUGGGCAAAAACUAAGGAUCCUGAAAAGAAAAUGAAAGACCAACAGGAAGAGGAAGAACGAAAAGUCCGAGAAGAAGAAGAAAAGAAAAUGAAAGAUGAAGAAGCUGACAAGAAAAAAGAUGAUGAGGAGGAAGACGAAGAUGAAGAUGAGGAUGAAGAAGAGGAAGAAGAACCCAAAAAGGAUUCCCACGGUGGAGAAUUGUAAAGCUGCUUCUUGAGUUACAUAACCAGUAACUUUCUUGUUUCUUUGGGAGGGGGAGGGUUUGGGCUGACUCUAUGGGCUGGGAUGGGUCAAUUCAUCAUUCAUGUGACAAGACUCUCUUUUAAUUUGAAGAUGACCGAAACUACAUCAGUUGUGGCUCACAGUUAAAAUAUCUGUUUGAGAAAAUAUUGAUGUUAAGCAGGAUGUUGGGUUCCCCUGCAGCAGCAUCAGCAGCAGCAAUGGUCUGUUGGAAGAAUGGCAACAGGAUUGGAACCUAAAAUGUCUUCAAAGCUAUUGAAAAAUCUUGUCAAUUACAUUUUCAUGUGCACAUCAAAACCGCCUGUGUUUGAAAUGUACUUCGUUUUUACAAGCAUGACA